AUGAAGGGGCUCCUGGCGCUGUACGCCUCGGGCUGGCUCCUCCUUUUGGCUGGGCGCUAAGAGGUGGGCAGCUCGCAGGCAAUAUGCUCAGGGACCCUCAAUGGACUGAGUGUGACCGGUGAUGCUGAAAACCAGUACCAGACACUGUACAAGCUGUAUGAUCGAUGUGAGGUGGUGAUGGGAAACCUGGAAAUUGUGCUUACAGGACAUAGCCCUGACCUCUCCUUCCUGCAGUGGAUCCGGGAGGUAACAGGAUAUGUUCUAAUUGCGAUGAAUGAGUUCUCUACUCUGCCACUCCCCAACCUUCGUGUGGUACGGGGGACCCAAGUCUAUGAUGGGAAGUUUGCCAUCUUUGUCAUGCUCAACUACAACACCAACUCCAGCCAUGCCCUACGCCAGCUCCGCCUCAAUCAGCUCACAGAGAUCCUGGCUGGGGGUGUUUACAUCGAAAGAAAUGAUAAACUUUGUCACAUGGACACAAUUGACUGGAGAGACAUUGUGAGGGACCCACAGGCUGAGAUUGUGGUCAAGGAUAAUGGCAAAAACUGCCCCCCUUGUCAUGAGUCCUGUGGGGGGAAAUGCUGGGGUCCUGGACCAGAAGACUGCCAGACACUGACAAAGACAAUCUGUGCCCCACAAUGCAACGGCCACUGCUUUGGGCCCAACCCCAACCAGUGCUGCCAUGAUGAGUGUGCAGGUGGCUGUGGAGGUCCCCGGGAGACAGACUGCUUUGCAUGCCGACACUUCAAUAACAGCGGAGCCUGUGUGUCUCUGUGCCCACAGCCCCUCGUCUACAACAAGCUCACCUUCCAACUGGAGCCCAAUCCUCACACUAAAUACCAGUAUGGAGGGGUCUGUGUGGCCAGCUGCCCCCAUAACUUUGUGAUAGAUCACACCUCCUGUGUCAGGGCCUGUCCUGGGGACAAGAUGGAGGUAGAAAAGAAUGGAUUGAAGAUGUGUGAGCCCUGUGGAGGGCUAUGUCCAAAAGCCUGUGAGGGGACAGGCUCAGGGAGCCGAUUUCAGACUGUAGAUUCCAGUAACAUUGAUGGGUUUGUGAACUGUACCAAGAUCUUGGGCAACCUGGACUUCCUUAUCACUGGACUCAAUGGAGACCCCUGGCACAAUAUACCUGCCCUGGAUCCUGAGAAACUCAACGUUUUUCAGACAGUUCGGGAGAUUACAGGUUACCUGAACAUCCAGUCAUGGCCUCCACACAUGCACAAUUUCAGUGUCUUCUCCAACCUAACCACCAUUGGAGGCCGGAGUCUCUACAAUAGGGGCUUCUCACUGCUGAUCAUGAAAAAUGUGAAUGUGACAUCCUUGGGCCUGAGGUCCCUGAAAGAAGUCAGUGCUGGGCGUGUCUAUAUCAGUGCCAACCGGCAGCUCUGCUACCACCACUCCCUGAACUGGACCAGGCUACUUCGGGGACCAAAGGAAGGGAGGCUGGACAUCAAGCACAACCGUCCCAAAAAGGACUGUGUGGCAGAGGGCCAAGUGUGUGACCCGCUCUGCUCCUCCGGGGGUUGCUGGGGUCCUGGGCCUGGCCAGUGCUUGUCCUGUCGCAACUACAGUCGAGGGGGAGUCUGUGUCACCCAAUGCAACUUCCUUCAUGGGGAACCCCGAGAGUUUGCUCAUGAGGAUGAGUGCUUCUCCUGCCAUCCUGAGUGCCAGCCUGUGGAGGGCAAUGUCACCUGUUAUGGCUCGGGCUCAGAUGCUUGUGCUCAGUGUGUCCACUUCAGGGAUGGGCCACACUGUGUGAAUAGCUGCCCCCAUGGCCUCCUGGGUGCCAAAGGACCCAUAUUCAAGUACUCUGAUGCCCAUGGAGAGUGUCUACCUUGCCAUGAGAACUGCACUCAAGGGUGUAAGGGACCAGAGCUCCAUGACUGUUUUGGUCAACCACAGGGCUUCAGCAGUAAGACCCAUGUGGCUGUGGGCCUGGCUGUGGUGGCAGGACUGGUGGUAAUUACCUUGGUCUUACUGCUUGCCUUACUCUACUGGAGAGGGCGAAAGAUUCAAAAUAAGCGAGCGAUGAGACGCUACCUGGAACGGGGUGAGAGCUUGGAGCCUUUGGACCCUGGGGAGAAGGCCAACAAGGUCUUAGCCCGAAUAUUCAAGGAAACAGAGCUGAGAAAACUCAAAGUGCUUGGCUCAGGUGUCUUUGGAACUGUGCACAAGGGCAUAUGGAUCCCAGAGGGCGAGUCUAUCAAGAUCCCAGUCUGCAUUAAGGUCAUUGAAGACAGGAGUGGUCGGCAAAGUUUCCAGGCUGUGACUGAUCACAUGCUAGCCAUUGGCAGCUUAGAUCACACCCACAUUGUUCGGCUGCUGGGGCUAUGCCCAGGGUCAUCGCUGCAGCUGGUCACCCAAUUUCUGCCACUGGGAUCACUGUUAGACCACGUACGACAACAUCGAGGGGCUCUGGGACCUCAGCUACUGCUCAACUGGGGUGUGCAGAUCGCCAAGGGCAUGUACUACCUGGAGGAACACGGCAUGGUGCACAGAAAUCUGGCUGCCCGCAAUGUGCUGCUCAAGUCUCCAAGUCAAGUGCAGGUGGCCGACUUUGGGGUGGCAGACCUGUUACCCCCUGAUGAUAAACAACUUCUGCACAGUGAAGCUAAGACCCCAAUCAAGUGGAUGGCCCUGGAGAGUAUCCAUUUUGGAAAAUACACACACCAGAGUGACGUCUGGAGUUACGGUGUGACAAUAUGGGAACUGAUGACAUUUGGGGACAUACCCUAUAAAGGGCUUCGACUGACUGAGGUGCCUGACCUGCUGGAGAAGGGAGAGCGUCUUGCACAGCCACAGAUUUGCACAAUUGAUGUCUACAUGGUCAUGGUUAAGUGCUGGAUGAUUGAUGAGAACAUACGACCAACAUUCAAAGAACUGGCUAAUGAAUUCACCCGAAUGGCACGAGAUCCACCACGCUAUCUGGUCAUCAAGAGAGAUAGUGGUUCUGGCCUGCCUCCUGGUUUGGAGCCACCUGCUCUUACUGACAAAGAACUGGAGGAUGUAGAGACACUGGAGCCAGAGCUGGAGCUGGAAUUGGAGCUGGAGGAGGAGGAAGAACUGGCCACCACACUAGGCUCUGCCCUCAGCUUGCCCCUUGGCACACUGUCUCGACCCCGUGGGAGUCAGAACUUUCUGAGUCCUUCCUCUGGAUAUAUGCCAAUGAAUCAGAGCAACCUUGGAGGCACUAGACAGAGUUCUAUGAUUCGUGGGAGUGGUGAACGAUGCCCUUGCCCAGCCUCUCUACACCAGAACUCACGAGGCCGACUUGCAUCAGAAUCGUCAGAAGGCCGAGGGACAAGCUCUGAGGCUGAGCUCCAAGAGGCGGAAUCUGUAUGUGGAAGCAGGAGCCGAAGCCGGAGCCCUCGGCCUCGAGGGGACAGUGCCUAUCAUUCCCAACGCCACAGCCUCCUCACCCCACUCACUCCACUCACCCCACCAGGACUAGAGGAAGAGGAUGUCAAUGGUUAUGUUAUGCCUGACACACAUACCAAAGGUAUUCCCUCUUCCCGGGAUGGCACACUGUCAUCGUCUGUGGGCCUCAGUUCCCUUCUGGGCACAGAAGAAGAAGAGGAAGAAGAUGAGGAGUAUGAAUAUAUGAAUCGGAGAAGAAAGCAGAGUCUGCCAAGACCCCCAAGGCCGGGAUCCCUGGAAGAGUUGGGCUAUGAGUACAUGGAUGUGGGAUCAGACCUCAGUGCUUCCUUAGGCAGUACCCACAGCUGCCCACUCCAUCCUGUGCCUAUCCUGCCUGCUACAGGAACUACUCCUGAUGAAGAUUAUGAAUAUAUGAAUCGUCGACAUGGUGGAGGAACUCAGGGAGGGGAUUAUGCAGCCAUGGGAGGUUGCCCAGCAGCAGAGCAAGGGUAUGAGGAAAUGGGGUCAUUCCAGGGCACUGGGCACCAUGUCCCUUGCAUCCAUGAUGCCCGCCUCAAGCCCCUACGAAGCCUAGAGGCCACUCACUCUGCUUUUGACAACCCUGACUACUGGCACAGUCGACUUUUCUCCAAGGCUAGUGCUCAGGGGACAUAACACUUCCUCCUUGGGACAUUGUGGGGGCUUUUUAUGGCAGCUGGCACCUCUAGAGGGCACCCCUCUUUUACUACCCUUUCAGUGCUAUCUCCCAGUGUUCCCUCUAUCCUUAGGCUCUCCUCUCAAUCCCUGGAGGUUAUCUUGAUUCACUCCUACUUGGUGUGGGGGGGGUGCUUUUAAAUACCACCCCACCUCACCCCCAACAAAAUGUAUGUAGUGUUAUCAAUUCUGCACUUUCUUCUCUAGCUCCUCCAAAAGAUCUGGUGAGAGUUGGGAGGGUUUCCUUUAUGCUAUGUGCCAUCCCCACCUCUAUGCUACCCAGAUACCUUAGGGGGAAUCCCUGGAGAUAUGAAGAAUUAAUUCCUGUGUCAUUUUUGCUGUUCAAGUAUUCCAGUUAGUAUUUCUGGCUCUUAAGAAAACCUCUAUAUAAAGUCUAGCUAUUUGGUAGGGAAUGGGACAAUUUAUUUCCUACCUACCCACACAAAGGCUGGAGCUGGACCAGCUGCUUACUACCUCCCCUAGUCAACAGAGCUCAAAGGAUGGAAAGAGGAAGGAGGUAAAGAAAACCAUAAAGACAGGGCCCUUGGAAGUAAUUUCUUUUUUUAAAGUUUACCAUCACUGACCAAAGUACUCACACAUACAUAAAGCUGGAGCAGCAGAGAAGACUGGAUGAGAGGGGGAAAAAAAAAAAAAAAUCUCCUACCAUUCACAUUUAUACUUAACCACACUUCUGUGCAUGUAAAAAAACUACCUUCAUAUAAUCCAAGGGCUUCCUACUAUCCCAAAGCAGAUUCACCAGAGUCCCUAAAAGCAAUUUUCCUGGACCAUGCCCAGUCCAGUGAUAGUGAGGGACCUCCAGUUGGUAUGGUAGGAGGGUCCAAAUUCCCCAAUACCCAUCUCUUUUUGGGGGAAUGGGAGUGGGGUGGAGAAUCUCAGGUGUGUCACUGAAGGAGCUGUAUUUUUGUUUUGUUUUGUUUUUAUACGUGUUGGAAUAAAAAUGUCAAAAGUUU